AUGUCCCUCUGGAGCAUCGUCUCCCACAUGCCGCCGGAGGAGUUCAGCGGCCUCUUCGCAGAGUUUCCCCGCAGCCUGCGCUGUCUUCUGGCCGACUGGCUGGAGAACCAGCCCUGGGAGUUCAUCAAUGGCUCGGACGCCUUCUGCACCAGCGUGGCCAGCGGGAUGCUCUCGGCCAUGCUGGAGAAGCUCCGCGGCGCUGCCAGCGGCGACGGGCAGCAGUGUCAGAUCCUCCAGCAAAUCAGCGGCAUCGAGAGCCCCAGUGCCGGCCCGGGGCUGCCAGUGCUGCGUCAGGACGUGGGGCAGGUCCUGGGGGUCGGGCGUGGCCGGCACACAAAGCCACCGGGCACGUCGUCCGGUGGUCGCUGCCGGGGGGGACGAUGCGAUGCAGAGCCCCAUGGCCGGUGCUCCCCCCGCCAGGAGCUGCCCACCCUGAUCCUGGAGGCCAUGAAAGAGCUGGAGGUGGCCAAGCAGCAGGUACUGAAGAGGAUCCAAAUCUGGAAGAGGCAGCAGCAGCUGGCGGGGAAUGGGGCCCUCUUUGAGGAGAACCUAGCUCCGCUGCAGAAGAGGUGCGAGAGCCUGGUCGAGCUUUACUUCCAGCUGCACCAGCAGCUGGGCCCCCAGCUGCUGAAGGCAUCGGCCAAGCCCUACAUGGUGCGGGCUGACAUGGUGACAGAGAAGCAGGCACGGGAGCUGGCGCUCAGCGCCUACAGCAACACCCUCAGCGAGAGCACGGGGGAGAUCAUGCAUAACGUGGUGGCCCUGGAGACCAACCCCACCAGUGGGACCUGCUGCGCCAACUUCAAGAAUGUUCUGCUGAAAAAGAUCAAGCGCUGCGAGCGGAAGGGGUCUGAGUCGGUGACAGAAGAGAAGUGUGCCGUCCUCUUCAGCACCACCGUGGCCCUGAACCCCAGCAACCUCUCCGUCCACCUCCAGGUCCUGUCUCUGCCCAUCGUGGUCAUCGUCCAUGGGAACCAGGACAAUAACGCCAAAGCAACCGUGCUGUGGGAUAACGCCUUCUCUGAGAUUGACCGGGUGCCCUUCGUGGUGGCCGAGCGGGUGCCCUGGGAGAAGAUGUGUGAUACGCUGAACCUGAAGUUCAUGGCGGAGGUGCAGACCACCAGGGGCCUUCUCAAGGAGCAUUACUUCUUCCUGGCCCAGAAGAUCUUCAAUGACCACAGUGCCAGCCUCGACGACUUCCAGAGCCGCAGCGUCUCCUGGGCCCAGUUCAACAAGGAGAUCCUGCCUGGUCGGGGAUUCACCUUCUGGCAGUGGUUUGAUGGAGUCCUCGACCUCACCAAGAGGUGCCUCAAAAGUUACUGGUCAGACAGGCUCAUCAUUGGCUUCAUCAGCAAGCAGUACGUCUGCAAGCUUCUGAGCACGCAGCCCGAUGGGACCUUCCUGCUCCGCUUCAGUGACUCGGAGAUCGGGGGUGUCACUAUCGCUCACGUCAUCCGGGGCAAGGACGGCUCCAGCCAGGUGGAGAACAUCCAGCCCUUCUCUGCCAAGGACCUCUCCAUCCGGUCCCUUGGCGACCGCAUCCGGGACCUGGGGCAGCUCCGCAACCUCUACCCGAACACCCCCAAGGACCAGGCGUUCGGGAGUCACUACAACAAAGAGCAGACGGGCAAGGAUGGCCGGGGCUACGUCUCCACUGCCAUCAAGAUGACAGUGGAAAGCGAAAGGGACCAGCAGCCCCAGAGCGCUGCGGGGGCCCCUCCUGAGGGCCCCCAGUCUCAGAUGUUCAGCCUGCCCGUGCUGCAGCCCGAGCUGCACCCAGAGAGCCUGCAGUCGGUGCUCAGCCCCAUCUGCCCCCCUGCUCCCUUCUGCCCCCAGCCCGUCCCCACGGGCUACCCCACAGCUGAGAGCAACAUGGACAUGAUGGUCUCCAGCAACCUCGGGUCCUCCUUCCCCAGCACGUCACCGAUGCUCUCGCCGUCCCUGGUCAUGGACCCUGCGCUGCCCCGCUGCCAAGAUCUUGCCUUCACGAAUCCCUUGUAA